CAUUCUUUCAAAAAUUGUCGCAGCGAGCAGAGCUCUUGAAAAGUAAUAAAAAAUAAAAAUUAAAUUCCUCUCAUUGAGUCGUUGUGUUCCGUGUCGAGCAGAGUACUUGAUUUUUGCAACCAGCACGCGCGUGUGCCGUUCUCGUUUAGAUCCAGAUACCAACCAAGUCCAGGCCCGGGUCCACCAAAGCACACAGUACAGCAGUCCCACACCACUUCACUGUUCACUGUUCACUGCCCACUGUUCACUGUCCACCAAUUGCAAAUCCGUACGAGAAGCUAAACAAGAUGGUCACCGACUCGCAGGACACCGUGCCACCCAAGACCAGCACCAGCAAGGAGGUGCAGUGCCAGGAAACCGGCUGCGAUGAGCCGCAGGAGGAGCCGACUGCUCCAGCCCCAGUGCCAGUGACCACCCCGAAAAGCAGCCGUGUGGGCAUCUUCAACGCCGAGGACUUCUUGUCCCGUGCCCAGAUGAACGACAAGAUCAACAACAUCCUUCGCUCGCCCACCAAGGCGCCCAACGGGGUGCGCCAGCGCUCCGUCUACACCAACAACAGCCCGUCGCCGCAACCCACCAUGCGCCUUGUGCCUUCGAUGAGCGGCCAGCUGGGCUCCCGUAUGAGCAGCUUGUCGCUAAGUGCCGGCAGCGUGAGCGGCGUGAGGCGGGGCCUGGAGCGAGGAUUGGAGCGUGGCAGCAGCAGCAGCCUGGGAAACAGCGCCAGCGUGGGCACCAGCACCGCCGUCCUGGCCAAGGAGUGCUCCAGCCAGACGAGCACCAGUGCCCGCCCCUUUAUGCACCUGGGCGUUCAUCCGUCCUCGCACUCGCCAUUCGGCACCAUUCCCCAGGUGGCUUCUGGCUUCGAGGCCGUGGGCAUGGAGCUGGAUGCCGGCAACAUCACGCGCAGCGGCAAGAGUCUGACAGGACGCUACAACUCCAGCUUUGGCUAUGAUGCUGAAGGAGCCUAUUGUGUGCCACAGGCGCACCACACCCAGCAGUUCCCGUCGCCAAUGCCGCCGCCACCAUACGCCCUGGGUCGCGUCAGCUCGCGCACCUUCGAGUUCGACAACAACACACCGCCGCCGUGCCCCGGAUCAGGACCCAUUGCCAUGACCAACGGCACCAUCCAGCUGCGCCUGCGCGAAGGUGUUCGCAUUGACAUGACCCUGGACAAGGCUGUGCGCGUGCUCAACCAGCGCAGCAUGGUGGCCGUCGCUUUGUCGCGCAACUGCAGCAACUCGGCCCUCAUCCAUCCCAAUGGACGCGUUCUGCAAAGCGGCUCCAAGGUGGAGAUCGUCACCUUUGAUGGAAUGAAGGCCAAUAACUUUGUUCGCUAUGCCAAAAUGUGGUACAAGGGCGUCAGCUUCACCAGCGAGUCCUGCGCUCUCAUCUAUUUGGUGGACACAGCUGGCACGCGCACCACCACGGACACCUUUACCGACCUGACAAAGGACUACACCCUGGCUGUGUUCUACGACGACUCUCGUCACGGUCCGUCCUUUAUGGCGGAUGCCUACGAGGUAAUCGCCAACUCCACCUACAACUGCGCCGAGGACGGCAGCGAGGUGUACGAUAUCAACGGAUUCCGCAUCACACAGGCGGCCGACGGCCUGGUGAAGGUCACUCGCCAGCACAACAAGUGCCUGAUUCGCACCAGUCCCAGCAACGGAUCGGCCACCCUGACCACGCCCGGCAUUCACUGCACGGCUUCGCUGGGAAAGACUUCGCACCUGUUCGUCCGUCGUAAUGAGAAACGCAUGCACUUCGACGGAUCCUGUUUCAUUGUACGCAACGCCGGUCACUCGGCUGGAUUCAAUGAGAACAACCUGCUGAUUGUCUACUAAGUGCAGCUCGCCACAUGGGAAGUGCCCGGCAUGGGGUGGUCCGCCCACCUACCGCCACCCCACCGGGCACCCAAAACCGGACCCGUCUCACACACACACAAACACCACAGACACACACAAACAACGACUCGAGCGUCGAUAUUGACAACACCGACACCCAUCCAAAAAAUCCAAGAUCGGGGGCCUCGACGUGGAGAGGGAUCUGAUCAUUUGAGAAAACAGAACCGAGGCUACGGUCAACCAAAAAAAAAAAAUGAUAAAAAUGAUAAUCGUAAGACUGCAAUUAGAAAAAGACAGCUCGAAAAAAGUGCGCGAGCAACGAAAACUGUCAAUUCAUGGAGGGCAUGUUCUUCGCCGCCAUGGGUUACUCUUCGAUUGCUCGACGUAGGCGCAACGCAACCACUAAGGAAUUAGUUUUUAGACCUCGUCAUAAUCUCUCUACCCCUCGAUAUCUUUAUUUUUUAUACGCUAAAACUGUUUCGUACAGGCCAGAAAGUUGGGAAGCUCAAACCCAUACCUACUGCCUGAAACGCCGGCCAAGACAAUGGGAUUUCGAUCAGGGCCAGCGUUUGGUGUUAAAAAUAAAAGAAUCUAUUCGUUUCGCGUUUCACUUUAUUUUCGGCUUCUUCAAUCUGUCAAAAUUACGUUACGAAUUUCAAAAUAUUUUAUUAAUAUGCAACAUUCAUGAAGAUAAAAUUUCUAAAGGAAAAAAAAAUUAAGAGUUGCAAAAUUUCCACAAAAAAGUAUUGAAAUUAUGUACAUCAAAAUUGUAACUCUAAAUGGUGAGUUUAACAACGAAUAGGCAGCACCGCGGCUGAUUUCCGGACGAAUUAUUUGGCAUUAUGUUCGGACCACGAAACGCCAGUGUAAUUUCAGUUAGUUCUAAGUUAUCAGUUAAGAUUAGUUUACCCAGUUGAUGCAAUCCAAGCAUGUUCAUCCUCACCAAUUUACCCACAACGUACACGACCCAAUAAUAAGCACACGUUGAAAGUAAAAUGAACAGUCCUCAGUCAACAGAAAAGCGUGUGCUAAAUUUCAAAGUGUAGGUAGUAGGUACAGUCUGGUUAGGUACGCACUACCCACCCUAUAUAAACUGACACAUUCGCACACACAACUCAUUCAUUUAAGGACAGCAGCAAGGUGGGAAAUUGCUACUACAACGAAAUACUAUUUUUAAUUAGCUUACACUCGUCUAUGAAAAGACAGCCGUCUUUGACAACUAAGUUAACACACAAGCACAUAACACACUAUCACACUAUCACACAUGCGAAUACCCCUCCGAAAAAGUGAUGGAGGGGGAAAAAGUGUAACACCACUCAAUUAAACGUGUCUAGCCUUACGACAAUCUCCAAAACCCCAAAAUUAACUGCCAUGUAAAUCGAAAUUUAUGUGUACAAAAAUCGAUUUAUAUAAGUAAUAAAUGAAAAUCCAAAAUAAA